UGCCUUCGGAAAGAGCUGUUCCGCGGCUCCUUCCCGUCCCUCUUCCCUCGCCUGGGUUUCGGGACGCCCUCCGUGAAACUCCGCCCCUGGAUAUGGGCGAGCGAACGAGGAAGAGGCGAAGGGAAAGAGAAAGGCAGGCGAAAGGAAGCGCAGGGGGCUCGGCUUUGUCGUGAGCUCAGGAGCUGCUUCGCCUUCCUAUCUGCCGGGGGAGCCCGACCAACUCCGGGAAAGAGGCGGCGGCGGCCGGGGGCUGGUUGGCUGGUUGAGGGCGCAGGAGCCGCAGCAACCACCGCCGCCACCCUCCUCCUCCUCCUCCCUCUCCUUCCCUAGCGCCGAGGCCCACCAGGAGGGACCCAGAGGAGCCCCCCGGAGCUCAUUCCCUGCUCGUGGGGGUGGCACACGCAGCCCCGCCAUGGCCACCAAGGCUCGGGUUAUGUAUGACUUUGCUGCUGAACCUGGAAACAAUGAGCUGACAGUUAACGAAGGAGAAAUCAUCACAGUUACCAAUCCGGAUGUAGGUGGAGGCUGGCUGGAAGGCAAAAACAGCAAAGGGGAACGAGGACUCGUUCCCACAGAUUAUGUUGAAAUUCUACCUGAAGGUACCAAAGAUGGAAUUUCAGUAGCCGACCAAGCCUUUUUGGAUGGUCUCUCUACUGCACAGACUAAUUUGCAAGCAGCAAAAACCAAUAGCCAGGUGGAUUCUCAGGCAUCUGCCACUCAUACUUCUAUUUUGGAAUUUUUUACUCAAUCUCCACCUUCAACUCCUUCUACAAGAAAGGCUACCAGCAAUGCAAACGACCCCUGGUCAAACUGGGACAACACAACAGGUGGUGAUGGCUGGGCAGCAAAACCUGAAAAUAGGCAGAAAAACAGCGCUUCAAACAACUGGGAUGCAGCAGCAUUCGGUCAUCCACAGGCUUAUCAAGGUCCAGCGGCUGCUGAUGACGAUGACUGGGAUGAUGACUGGGAUGACCCAAAAUCAACGGCUGCACCCUAUCUUGGAUAUAAAGAGGCAGAGCCUUCAGACCCAGCAGGGCUUCAGCGUGGCAAUAGCCGUGGAGCUGCUAUGAAGCUACCACUUAACAAAUUUCCUGGAUUUGCAAAACCUGGAGUGGAGCAGUAUCUCUUGACAAAGCAGCUAGCAAAACCCAAAGAGAAAAUUCCUAUAAUUAUUGGAGAUUAUGGGCCAAUGUGGGUUUAUCCUACCUCUACAUUUGACUGUGUUGUGGCUGAUCCAAAAAAAGGUUCUAAAAUGUAUGGUUUGAAGAGCUACAUCGAAUAUCAGCUUACAUGUACAAACACUAAUCGAGCUGUCAACCACAGAUACAAGCACUUCGACUGGUUAUAUGAACGUCUCUUGAUUAAGUUUGGAUCAGCCAUUCCAAUUCCAUCUCUUCCAGACAAGCAAGUGACAGGGCGUUUCGAGGAAGAAUUCAUCAAAAUGAGGAUGGAGAGGCUACAGGCAUGGAUGACCAGGAUGUGUCGUCAUCCAGUUGUUUCAGAAAGUGAAGUUUUUCAGCAGUUCCUUAGUUUCCGUGAUGAAAAGGAAUGGAAAACUGGUAAAAGGAAGGCAGAAAAAGAUGAGGUUGUGGGUGUUAUGGUCUUUUCUACUAUGGAACCAGAAGCACCUGACUUGGAUUUGUUAGAAAUUGAACAGAAAUGUGAUGCAGUUGGAAAGUUCACUAAAGCCAUGGAUGAUGGAGUUAAGGAGUUGUUGACAGUGGGCCACGAACACUGGAAACGCUGUACAGGACCAUUGCCCAAAGAAUACCAGAAAAUAGGGAAAGCUUUACAGGGUUUAGCAGUGGUUUUCCAUAGCAGUGGUUAUCAAGGAGAGUCUGACCUCCAUGAAGCAAUAACAGAAGCAGGAAAAACAUAUGAAGAAAUUGCCAGUCUUGUGGCAGAACAGCCAAAGCAGGAUCUUCAUUUUCUAAUGGAAACCAAUCAUGAAUACAAAGGAUUUCUUGGUUGCUUCCCAGAUAUCAUAGGUGCUCACAAGGGAGCAAUAGAAAAAGUGAAGGAAAGUGAUAAAUUAGUUGCUACCAGCAAAAUCACCCCACAGGAUAAACAAAACAUGCUGAAGCGUGUAAGCACCAUGUCAUAUGCACUACAAGCUGAAAUGAAUCACUUCCACAGUAACCGGAUUUAUGAUUACAAUAGUGUGAUGCGCUUGUACCUGGAGCAGCAGGCACAGUUCUAUGAAACAAUUGCACAAAAGCUGAGGCAGGCUCUCAGUCGCUUUCCAAUGAUGUAGAUACAGAGACAGAUAAUGAAGAACUCCAAAGUGCUUUUCUAAUUUUUGGUGGGGCAGUGCAAAUAAGUUUUUGCCAUCCAAAAAGCCUUUUUUAAAGAAAUAAAAUGCAAAAGAAAGUGAAAACUUCAGGAGUUUACUUUGUUAACCUAAAUGCCUUGGAUAUUUAUGUAUAUUUUUAUCCUAUAUGCUUUUCCUUCCUACUCACUAUCUUAGUAGAACUGGAAAAUGCCCUAUAUUAGGGAAGGGUAACCUAUGGCUCUCCAGGUGGAGCUAGCUCCCAUUCUCAUUGACCAUUGCCUUGGUUCCAGGGCUGUGGGAGUUGGAAUUCAAUUACAUCUGGAGGGCCAUGGGAUCCCCUACUCUGCUCUAUGAUAGGGCUUCAAAUUGCCAAAUGGUUUGUUGCCAAGGGUUACAAAAAGAUACAUAUAUACUCUAUGAGAGUAUUCUGUUCACCUGAUUAGAUUUUUUAAAUACUUUAUCCUAAUUGUUGAAAUGCUUUCUAGCAUGUACUUUUUUUGUUACGAGCCUGCUGUUGAAAGCAGAAGUUUAGCUUCCCUCUCCUGUAGCAAUGGUAUACAAAAUCUGAAAUAAAGUUGCUGACGCAUAUGGGAAUCUUUUAAUAUCCUGUCCUUGAACCACAGAUGCCUCAAAACUUGAGGGCUAGAUUAUUAUUUUCUUCCUGUCUAUAUGAGGGGGGGAAAGAGCUGAACCUAAAGACAGCCAUUCCAAACAUCUGGAAGAUAUUGUUCCAUCCAGUAAUUCUAAGCCAUGCACUUUGGUUAACUACCCAAUAGUCAUGGUUGUGUGUUUGAAGCCUUUUUGCUCUGUCCUUACCAAGUGUGUAGCAUCAAUAGUGUCUUAUGUCCCAUCACCACUGCCAUGGUAGAAAAUGUUUCAAGGUCACUGCCAGAUGCUGGGUGCUUAUAUAAUAGCAUGAUACUACAUUUUUGAUCCACUUUAAAACAACCCCAAAAUGGACAAAAUUAUUUUUUACCUCUGGAAAACAGACCAUUUAUUCAGGUGUUGAAUACAACAUGGGCUUAUAAAACAAGUAUCUACUUCAAAAUGCAACUAUGCUUGAAAUGUUAUGUUCAGGCCACUGCUGUUAAAACAGCUUUUGCAUACAAACAGUGGGCAAUAAAGGCCUGAAGGUGUGUUGCCACAAAUUUUCUCACUGAACCCCACACAACUUACAUUAGAAUUAGUCUUCACUUCAUAAAUAAACAUUCUUUUAUCUACCAAGUCAUUCUAAGAGAGUAGUACUCCCUAUGUGUUCUGUUGACUUGUGCGCUGUUGUCAUUUUGUGUGUGUUAGAGUAAUAAAGAAUCUCUGUUUGCCAUGAUAAUAUAAUGCUGUACCCCCCCCCACAAAACCCCCCACAAAAUCCCAUAAGGUAAACAUGGCUCAAAUCCUCUCUAUUGUCAGGUAUUUAAUGAUUUUUCUACGUGUUUUUUUUUGUUUUCCUAUUAAUUUAGUUUGUCUUCCAAAAUUCCAUAAAGUGUUAUGAUACAGCCAUUCAGAUAUGUACAAAUUGUAAAGAAUGUGUAUAAAUGUUUUAUGCCAAAUGUAAUGAGAUCUAUCUUGCAUGUAGAAACAAUUUAUGAAGUUACUGCAAAGUGUAUAGUAAAUUCUAAGGCACUUUUUCACAGCACCACUUUUCCAGCAUUUGUAUAUUCACUUUUUGUGUCAAUCUUUGUUACUGGUUCGCUGAGGAUUUCUUUUUA